AUGUUUACGGCACAGAAGAUGAUCCGUCGGAAGAAGAAUGUGAAGAAGGGGAUCCAGUUCUGCCUGAUGGUCUGUGGCGCCUCGGGCACUGGACGAACCACCUUCGUCAACACUCUCUGCGGCAAGCCCGUCCUCUCUCACAAAGAGUCCGAUGACGCUGGCGCCGCCCACGUCGAGGAAGGGGUUAAAAUCAAGCCCGUGACUGUCGAGCUCGAGCUGGACGAGGAGGGCACGCGUAUCUCUUUGACCAUUGUCGACACCCCUGGCUUCGGUGACCAGAUCGACAAUGAGGCCAGCUUCUCCGAGAUCGUUGGCUACCUGGAGAGGCAAUACGAUGACAUUCUCGCCGAGGAAUCGCGUAUCAAGCGUAACCCCCGUUUCAGAGACAAUCGUGUCCACGCCAUGCUCUACUUCAUCACCCCCACCGGUCAUGGUCUCCGUGAGCUUGACAUUGAGUUGAUGAAGCGCCUUGCGCCCCGCGUCAACGUCAUCCCCGUCAUCGGCCGAGCCGACUCCCUCACCCCGUCUGAGCUUGCCGAGUCCAAGAAGUUGGUGAUGGAGGAUAUCGAGCAUUACCGGAUCCCUGUCUACAACUUCCCUUACGACAUUGAGGAGGACGACGAGGACACCGUCGAGGAGAACGCCGAGCUUAGGGGGCUGAUGCCGUUUGCUAUCGUGGGAUCGGAGGACGUGGUCGAAAUUGGUGGCCGUCAGGUGCGCGCCCGUCAGUACCCGUGGGGCGUCGUCGAGGUUGACAACCCGCGCCACUCCGACUUUUUGGCUAUCCGGUCUGCCCUGCUUCACAGCCAUCUUGCCGACCUGAAGGAGAUCACCCACGACUUUCUCUACGAGAACUACCGUACCGAGAAGCUUAGCAAGAGUGUCGAGGGCGGUGCUGGAGUCGAUUCGUCCAUGAACCCCGAGGAUCUCGCUUCGCAGUCUGUUCGCCUCAAGGAGGAGCAGCUUCGGCGCGAGGAGGAGAAGCUUCGUGAGAUUGAAGUCAAGGUCCAGCGUGAGAUCAACGAGAAGCGCCAGGAGCUGCUGGCUCGUGAGUCUCAGCUGCGCGAAAUCGAGGCUCGGAUGCAGCGCGAGGCGGCAGCGGCUGCGGCCCAACAGUCCGGGGCCGCUGACCACGGGGCCAAUGGCGCCGAGUAG